CAGCGUUGAAUCUGAUAAUAAUUUAUGUAGCGACGAGGUUCUCCUCCCACUGUUCCCCAAGUGCUAUUUCAUUGACAUCAGACAACGAAAUGCAAAGAGGAGCUUUAGUUUGGGGUAACGUUUGAUGGUACGAGUCUCUAGAGUUAAGUGGCUUGCCGAACUGGUAGGUUCUUUGUAACGGUCAAUGUAUGUAAGCACAAAUGAUGAGGGAAGAACACCAUUGAGGAUCCGAAACGCUCUGUGAGAUACUGAUAGUGUUACUGGAGAUUGAAUUGAGGGUUGAAAUGAAGAAAGGUGAAUGGACGACACGAGAUGUACGGCAAGGUUUCUCUGCAAUGACUACUGGAUACUAAUGUUAAACAUGCACCAGUAUUAGACUGAAGAUCAACACGUUAGCAGGUCAUCAAAUCAAUACUGUGCUUCUCCAGGCCGUCGGAGUUUCCCUCACUGAUCGAAAUAACGCCAGGCGACCUGGGUGCGGCCAUCUUUCAAGAUGGCACGGUCGUCAGAACUGAUGCGCGUGCGUCCAUGGCUAGUGAUGUUCGGAGGAUUGCUGACUCAUCUCACGUUAGGGAGCUAUUAUACAUUUGGUAAUAUGUCCCCUUACAUCACUUCCUACAUUCGUCUACGCGGAAACCAGCCGGAUGCAACCUUUGGGGCAGCAAUAUGGAUUUACACUGUGCAGAUAAUGGGGAUGUCCGUUGCCAUGAUCUUCGGCGGCUACCUGGGUGAGAAGCUUGGCAGUCGGUGGACAACAAUGAUUGGGUCACUAUUGAUGAGUGCGGGCGUUGCAUUGUCCUACUACACCUGCCAUGACCUCUAUCUCAUGAUGCUGACCUACGGACUGAUGGUUGGUGUCGGAACUGGCAUUGGCUAUACCAAUCCUCUUACCUGUGCAAUGAAGUGGUUACCUAAUCACAGGGGUAUGGCCAGCGGAAUAGUGGUAUCCGGAUUUGGUGCAGGCAGUACCAUCUUCACGCAAGUCCAGACCAUCUUCAUUAACCCAGAAGACAUUCCUGCAAGCCUGCCAAGCACGGAGAGUGACUGCAUACAAACUGAAAAGUAUUUUGAUGACAAAGAUGUUUUGGAUCGUGUCCCACAAGUUUUCCUGGUGCUGGCCGGUGUGUAUGCCGGUAUGCAGAUAAUUGGCUGCCUGCUUAUUGCAGACCCACCCGAGAAUGUGCAGGCCCGCAAACCUGCCACUGAAACAGAAUCAGCUCCGCUGCUCAGUGCCAAGGGUAGUGACACAAUUGUGCUUGAAGAGCAUUAUCAGAUCGAUUUCACACUGUUCAAGUGGCGAUUCAAACUUGGCAAAAUCCAUGAAGCCAGCACCAAAGAAAGUCUCUUCGGCCGCAGCUUGUCAGUAAAGGAAGCCAUCCGAACAUACUUGUUCCCUUUGCUGUGGGUUACGUUUCUCUUCAAUGGCCAAGCAACGGUAUAUUUGGUGAAUUCGUACAAGACGUUUGGCCAAACAUUCAUCAGUAGUGAUCACUUCCUGGCCAACGUGGGCACGGCAUCAUCACCUAUGAAUGCUGUGACGAGGAUCUUUUGGGGUGUGGUGGCAGAUCGCUACUCCUACAAGCCAGCCAUGUUAACACUGGGUAGCAUGUGCACAGUGCUACUCAUCCUCUACUACUUUACAUCAUUUGUCAACCACUAUGCCUACGCCAUCUGCACGCCAGCACUGUUCUUUUGCAUCGGUGGAAAUUAUUCCCUUUGGCCAUUCGUUACAACAAGUACGUUCGGUCCAGCUCAUGCUGCAUUCCUAUACGGACUUCUCUUUUCCUCACAGAUUGUUGGUGGCAUGGUCGCUGCACUGGCACACACUCAACUAACAUGUGCAAUUGGCUAUGGUGGUCUGUUUGCACUCUGCACUGGAUUACAAGUGCUUUCAAUGCUCCUUACAGUUCUGUACCCGGAUCCAGCUCAGCGUGUUCAAACUGAGGUAGAUUUACCAGUAUCACACACUCCUUCAGCAGCAGCAGCAGCAGCAGCAGCAGCAGCAGCAGCAGCAGACGAUCCGACUGUGGAUGGUGCAGAACACUCUGGUACGUUUGCCAGCUCAACGGAGCAACAAGACGCAGUCGAAAGUACGCAUUUCUAACCUGAGGGACAAUGACAUGGGCAUGGUGCCUUGAACCUUGGAUGAUGCAGGGCAUCGCCAUGGUAGCAUGGAGUGUUCGAAAUAUCUAUUUAAAUCAUGAUUAGAUGAAGCAAAUACAUGACUGUGCUUACUAGAUUUCUUUAAUUAUAGCCGUUUUGGAAUACUAUUAUAGGGUGCGGCAGAGCUCUCGGCCAUUGAGAGCGCAGUGUAGUGGUGGAGGUGAUACUCAACAUUUUGGAAUACUAUUUCCCUAGUACAUUUUUUUGGAGUUUUUCUGCACUGUUAUACAGGCUCCCACCUGAGGCACAUACUUUUCCUCAGUUAUGAUUGAUAAUGAAAUCCAGCCAGAUCUUGCCGUCUAGGUACCGUGAUCAUUUUCUUAUCCCGUGCCUCUCACGUUGAUCCCAAAAACUCUGUGCAACGGUUUAAUUUAAAGGUUGCUAGGAAAGUCACUGAAGUAUAAUCUGAAUGUCUUUCCAUACAAUGUGCAUAUUAUUCUAUUGUCUGUUGUUUGAAAGUGGAUUUCCAAAACAGGCUUUAGCCUAACAA